UCCAUUGAGGGAGAGAAGCCGAAGCCGGGUGAGAGGCUUGACUGACUGGUAGCGACUGCGUUGCACCCGCCGCGCCACUGAACCCGCCAGGGCCAUGGCAAGUCCAAGAACAAGGAAGGUCCUUAAAGAAGUGCGAGUGCAGGAUGAGAACAAUGUUUGUUUCGAAUGUGGUGCAUUUAACCCUCAAUGGGUGAGUGUGACCUAUGGAAUUUGGAUCUGUCUGGAAUGCUCAGGAAAGCAUAGAGGCUUGGGUGUUCAUCUCAGUUUUGUGCGCUCUGUCACAAUGGACAAAUGGAAGGACAUUGAACUGGAGAAAAUGAAGGCUGGUGGCAACCGUAAAUUCCGGGAGUUUUUAGAGACUCAAGAGGACUACGAUCCUUGCUGGUCGCUGCAAGAGAAAUAUAACAGCAAAGCAGCCGCGCUCUUCAGAGAUAAGGUGGCAGCAGAAGCGGAAGGUAAAGAUUGGUCUGUUGAAACUUCUUCUGCCAGAAACUGGACUCCGCCUCAGCCCAAGGUUGCUCUGUCCUCAGCUCACCGGAGCUCUGCUGGACAGCCCCAGAAUACUGGUGCCCCUUCUGAGAAAGCCUUCGAAGAUUGGUUAAAUGAUGAUCUUGGCUCCUAUCAAGGGGGUCAAGAAAAUCGUUAUGUGGGGUUUGGGAACACAGUUGCGCCUCCCAAAAAGGAAGACGACUUUCUCAAUAAUGCCAUGUCCUCUUUGUAUUCAGGGUGGAGUAGUUUUACUUCUGGAGCGAGCAAGAUUGCUUCUGCAGCUAAAGAAGGUGCUACCAAAUUUGGAUCUCAAGCAACUCAAAAGUUUUGGGGCCACAAACAGCAGGCAGAUCCGGCUUCAGAGUUAGGUCAGAGUAUAAAUGAAAAUGUCCUCAAACCUGCACAGGAGAAGGUAAAAGAUGGAAAAAUUAUGGAUGAUGUUUCCCAGGGAGUCUCGCAUUUGGCUUCCAAGGUCCAGGGAGCAAGUAGUAAGGGAUGGCGAGAUGUUACCACUUUCUUUUCUGGAAAAUCAGAUGAGUCUUCUGAAAGGCCGCCAGAGGGCGACAGCUACCAGAACAGCAGUGGUGAAGGCUACCAGAACAAUGCAGUGGAUCAAAGCUUUUGGGAGACCUUUGGCAAUUCGGAUCCGCCCAAAACCCACAAGUCCCCAAGCAGCGACAGCUGGACAUACGUGGACAAUUCUACCGAGAAGAAGAGCUCUGAUAGCUGGGAUGUCUGGGGGUCGGGGACAGUCUCCAAUAACAAGAACAGUAACAGUGACAGCUGGGAAAACUGGGAGACCAACUGGGAGAAUGCAGCCGGGGAGGGCAAAACCAAAAUGACCCCUAAGAAGACGACAAAAGAAUCUUCUUCAGCGGCUGAAGAAGGCUGGGAUAACCAGAACUGGUAGGACUUGUAUCCCUGCCCAACAUGGCAGAGGGGAAAGUCAUACUUCUGAUGGAAAGGUUUCCAAUGUAACUGGAUUAACGUCCUUGUCAUUUUUGGGCCUGUUUAAACCUCAUGCUUACUGUUCCAUUCUCUUUCCACUCCUGUUUACAACUACUAC